AUGAAACUGUUUGUCUAUCCUGCCUGCGCUCUUUUAUAUCACAGACCAGAGCCUCUGGAUGACAGGAGUUCCGACAUGACCGAUGUCAGCUCCAACAACCACCCGUCCUUCGAUCCGUUCAAAUGCACCACCAUAACAUUCUCUGAUCAAGUAAAAUUAUUUGUUGGUCGGCUGCACCCAAAGACUACGGAAUCCGACCUCACAACUUACUUCUCCCAGUUUGGAUCUGUCGAAGAUGCUCAAAUUAUAACCAAUAAGAAAAAUACCUCAAAAGGCAACUUCGGUUUCAUCACCUUUGCAGAAAUUCGAACCAUCAACCGAGAUGUUCUAAAUACCUACCACUUCCUCCAUGGCCGAAUGCUCGACGUUCAGAUUGCAACAACCCCUGGUCAGUCGCGUUUCACUAGAGCAAAUCCAUCCAUUCACUUACAUUCGUAG